AUGGCAUCAAAACUGGCUCAAUAUCAAAAGCAUCGUAUGGCUGAAAAUUAUUUGGUCAUAUGGGUCGAUGGAAAUAUCGACAUGGCAAAUCAAGAUUGCCAAAAUACAAUGGAACAGUUACGUGCUGUCGUCAAUCAAGUUACUCCAUGUGAGACAGCUGAACAAUGCAUACAACAGCUCACAGAAAAUCAAGAGGAGAUCUCAUUUGUUAUCUCCUCAGGUGCAAUUGGACAACACCUGGUACCAGACAUUCAUGAUAUGGCAAAAUUAAAUGCCAUUUUCAUAUUUUGUGGCAAUAAACAACGGCAUCAAGUAUGGGCGCAAAAUUGGCCGAAAAUUAAAGGUGUUCACACAACAAUCAAACAUAUUUGCGACAAAUUGGCAACAGCAAUCAAACAAUAUAAUCAAGAUCACAUGUCGGAAAUACUCCUUGAAAUCAAACAUGAACAACAAGCCGUCCAAGAUUUGGUCAUCUACUGCCAAGAACAAUAUCAAGGCAAUAAAAAGGAAAUCAAAAUUAUUAAAGAAUUUCAACGUACAUAUCAAGCAUCCAACGCCAUUUGGUGCACAAAUCCAGAUGUCUCCCUUGUUUUCGCCAAAGAAGCCUUGAAAAUGACUGAUAUGGUUGGAAUUUUAUUCCAAAUAACCAUUGAUCCUACAGCAUCAUCAACUCCAUUCGCCUCCAUUCAGGAGGUGAGCUAUUAUAAGGAAGAAGAGGAAAUUCUCUUCACCAUGCACACCGUCUUUCGUAUUGGUGAAGUGCGAAAAAUUGACAACAAUCGUGCACUUUAUCAAGCCGAUCUUAAACUUACGUCAGAUGAUGAUCCACAACUUCAAGAAUUAACUGACUUUAUACGAAAAGAGGUCAGCGGCACCAGAUGGCGUCGAAUGGGGCAAUUAUUAUUCAAAAUAGGUCAAUUCGACAAGGCCGAAGAACUAUAUCUGGCACUACUAGAACAGCCAUCGGAUCAUAGUGAUAGAGCACAUAUCUAUCACCAGCUUGGAGUGAUGAAAUACAGCCAAGGACAAUACGAAGAAGCAGUUGCGUUUUACGAACAAUCUCUGAAAAUCGAGCAAAAAACUCUUCCGAAAGAUGAUCCUUCAUUAGCUCCUACGUACAACAACAUCGCUGCAGUGUAUAAUAAUAUGGGUGACUACUCCAAAGCACUUGAAUUUUACGAAAAAUCACAUGAAAUCUACGAAAAAGCUCUGCCUACGAAUCAUCCCGAUUUGGCUAAGUCCUACAACAAUAUCGGUCAAGUGUACAACAACUUGGGUGACUACUCCAAAGCUCUUGAAAUCUAUGAAAAAGAUCUCCAAAUUAGGAAGAAAGCUCUGCCUCCAACACAUCCUGAUUUGGCUAUUUCCUACACUACAAUCGGUCAAGUGUAUAAUAACAUGGGUGACUACUCGAAAGCACUUGAAUUUUACGAAAAAUCACUUAAAAUAAAAGAAAAAUCUCUGCCUCCGAAUCAUCCACGGUUUGGUAAUUCAUACAGCAACAUCGGUCAAGUGUAUAAUAACAUGGGUGACUACUCGAAAGCACUUGAAUUUUACGAAAAAGAUCUAGAAAUCAUACAAAAAGCUCUGCCUGCGAAUCAUCCCUCAUUGGCUACUUCAUACAGCAACAUCGGUGGAGUGUACAGCGACAUGGGUGACUACUCGAAAGCACUUGAAUUUUACGAAAAAUCACUUGAAAUAAAAGAAAAAUCUCUGCCUCCGAAUCAUUCACGGUUUGGUAAUUCAUACAGCAACAUCGGUCAAGUGUAUAAUAACAUGAGUGACUACUCGAAAGCACUUGAAUUUUACGAAAAAGAUCUAGAAAUCACAAAAAAAUCUCUACCUCCGAAUCAUCCACGGUUGGCUACUUCAUACAGCAGCAUCGGUCAAGUGUAUAAUAACAUGGGUGACCACUCGAAAGCACUUGAAUUUUACGAAAAAGAUCUAGAAAUCACAAAAAAAGCUCUGCCUUCGAAUCAUCCCUCAUUGGCUACUUCAUACAGCAACAUCGGUGGAGUGUACAGCGACAUGGGUGACUACUCGAAAGCACUUGAAUUUUACGAAAAAUCACAUCAAAUCUACGAAAAAGCUCUGCCUUCGAAUCAUCCAGAUUUGGCUACUUCGUACAACAACAUCGGUCAAGUGUAUAAUAACAUGGGUGACUACUCGAAAGCACUUGAAUUUUUCGAAAAAUCACUUAAAAUUAAAGAAAAAGCUCUACCUUCGACUCAUCCUGACUUGGCUACUUCGUACAGCGACAUCGGUCUAGUGUAUAAUAACAUGGGUGACUACUCGAAAGCACUUGAAUUUUACGAAAAGUCACAUAAAAUCUGCGAAAAAGCUCUGCCUUCGAAUCAUCCUGAUUUGGCUACUUCGUACAGCAACAUCGGUCAAGUGUAUAAUAACAUGGGUGACUACUCGAAAGCACUUGAAUUUUACGAAAAAACACUUAAAAUCGACGAGAAAACUCUCCCUCCGAAUCAUCCUCAUUUGGCUAUUUCAUACAGCAACAUCGGUCAAGUGUAUAAUAACAUGGGUGACUACUCGAAAGCACUUGAAUUUUACGAAAAAGAUCUGGAAAUCACAAAAAAAGCUCUGCCUUCGAAUCAUCCCUCAUUGGCUACUUCAUACAGCAACAUCGGUCAAGUGUAUAAGAGUAUGGGUGACUACUCGAAAGCACUUGAAUUUUACGAAAAAUCACUUGAAAUACAAAAGAAAGCACUGCCUUCGAAUCAUCCCUCUUUGGCUGUUUCCUAUCACAACUUCGGUUCGGUACAUGAAAAAAUACUCAAAGGCAAGUCAAUUUUAUCAACGUGCUGUUGAAAUUGCACAACUUUCACUACCCUCAAAUCAUCCACACUUACAGUUGUAUAAACAGUGUCUUAACGAUGUAAAAAAGAAAAUGUAAUUUGUUUUUUUUUCGAUUUGCUGAAUAAAUUUAUUUGAAUUACAAUUGAUUCUCGCGUACGCGCGACCAGGAAAACUCCCUGUAAGCCCGCAAUGGGUACACGCAGAGCGGACCACACCGGACUGGUAGGGCAUGAUCAUAGGUGUGACGUACGUAAACGGCGACAGGGACCUACGAACAGACGGCCUUCCCGAGUACUCCACUGCUUUCGCCAACAUAGGCACAAGAAAUCUUCCUGGGUCAGAUUACGAAGCCAUCUGACGGGCUGUGAUAUAAAAUAGUAUCUAUCUCCCUCUCUACAGAAUAACACAAGUAUGAAAGAAAAAAAUAACUUGAAAAGUUCUAGUGGCCAAUAGAACUUUUCAACUUAUUUAUAAAUUUUUUAUCCCAAUACGAAAAUAAAAAAGAAACAACAUACUCUAUUUAAGAUUGAAAUAUAUAUAUGUAUAAAUAUCAUAAUUAUGUACAUAAUUGUAUCUUGCACCUCCUGAAAAAAAAAUAAGAUUUAUGAGAAUACUUAUUCAAUCUAUUGUUGAUACAAUAGAUCGAUUGAAUUGAAUGAUUUUAGACAAGAAAAUCAUUCCUUAUAUAGGAUAUUUGAAAAACAUGAACUAUCAUUCAAUGAUAAUGAUUAAUAGAUAAUCAUCGACAAUCAAUUUAUCGUCAGUCGACGAUGAAUAUGUACUUAUUCUAUUUACAUUACAUUCACAGCCGUAACUCAAUGACUAAAAAAAAAAAGAAAACAAAAACAAUUCAUUUCAAUUAGAGAUGGGCCGUCAGACGUAAUAAGCGUUAUACGUUCAUUAUCGUAUCGUCGUAAGUCGUAACAGAACAGAAAAAAAUAGUUGUAAUGUAAACGAAUAGUCGUAAAGAAAAGCGACAGAACGAAAGAGAAGUCAUAUACUAAGCGGCGUAAUGAACGUCUUGCGUUCGUUACGCGUUAUGAUAUAUAACGAAAAUUGGAACAAUACGAAAGAAACGAUUAUAGCAUAGCACACUAUAUUUUAUUCGGAGUUUGCUACCUAACAUAAAACUAGAUUAAUCAAUGAUUUUCUAUUCUUGGAAUAAUAUUUUUCUCAUAUUGUACCUCUUAAUAAUAAAGAAUACAAAGGUUUCUUCUAUAUUUUAGUUGUAUUUUUGUUAAGACUUCGGUUAAGUGCUUAAGAAGUAAUACAUUUUCAACAGUUUUUUUGAGUGGAGCCAAACU